AUGUCCCUUUCACAUUUACUUUGUUUCCUCUUAUGGUUACAGCUUACGAUCGCCUGCCUCUACCCCGAAGACGAUUGGUUGGCAGCUUUUGCGGAGAGGCUGGCGGCAGAUAUUGAAGUGGAUUCAUCAGGAAAUCUGGAUCAGUCCUUCACCUAUGAAGAAGGAACCCAUCUGAAACGAGCACGGCCUUCAGACAUUUACGACUGCAACGAGUUGAACCCUUCCUGCCCCGAGGCACUAUCAGGCUGCAUGCAAGAAUUUCACCCGAUAAUUAUCCCGUCUGACCAGCCCACACAGGGUAGUGGGAGUCCGCAGCCAAAGCGAGCAUGCAAGGACCAGUCCAUACUUUUGCAGAAGCUUCCACACAACCACCAUGAAACCGCAAAAGGAAUCGGAUUCUGGACAGAUAUCAAGAUCUUGUCUGCAAAUGAGCUCAAUGAUGCCUUUCAGAAGAUGCUAAAUAUUGAUCGUCCCAGGCGUGGUGUAUCGACCUUAUCUGGCGUUUUUGGCUUGCUAAGAAGCGAAUUGAAAGCUUCACUCAACACAAAUCAAGACGAAGAGUACGGUCACGUCGCCAAUCAGUACCAAAAAUACUAUCAAGAAACCAUCAACGAUAUAUAUCUAGAAACCCAAUUCUUACCGGUUGGCACUGAAUCACUUAAAAUAGAUAUCAUUGGUACUCCCUUUGAAUUCGACGGGGGGAAGAUAUGGACGCGAAAUGUUUCUGCAGAGUUUUAG